CUCCGCCGUCGGUAGGCGCGGGCGGGGGGCGGAACCUGCCCCUCGUCCCGGCCGGAACGACAGGUGGUGGGCGCUGCCUGCGAGGACGGGACGGUGCAGGUAUCACAGAUGGCAAGGAAAACAGGUUUUUUCCUCCAAGUGAGUCUUUCAAAACGGCUGAUUUAGAGCUCUGGAGUGUGGAUGGUUGCUCCACCCCAGGGAAAUGAAACUUUCAGGGAGGCUUUCAGGAGGAAGAGCUAAUAAAUUGCUCUGAAGUUGAUGCAAGCUUCUCUGGGAAGAAGAGCAGGGCCUGGAAAGCCUGUGAUAGAGAGCAGCUGUCUUCAGAUACUUGCAUUAUAUCUCAGACGUGCUUUCCUGCCAGCUACUUCGGUGCAGAAGAUUAGCAGACAUGUCCAUAGCACUCAAGCAAGUCUUUAAUAAAGAUAAGACUUUCCGCCCAAAACGCAAGUUUGAACCUGGAACCCAGAGGUUUGAACUUCACAAACGAGCGCAAGCAUCUCUCAACUCGGGCGUGGACUUGAAAGCAGCUGUGCAGUUGCCCAGUGGCGAAGACCAGAAUGAUUGGGUGGCUGUUCAUGUUGUUGACUUCUUCAAUAGGAUCAACCUCAUUUAUGGAACUAUCUGUGAGUUCUGCACGGAGAGGACCUGCCCAGUGAUGUCUGGAGGCCCCAAGUAUGAGUACCGGUGGCAGGAUGACUUGAGGUACAAGAAGCCCACAGCAUUGCCAGCGCCCCAGUAUAUGAAUCUUCUCAUGGACUGGAUCGAGGUGCAGAUCAACAAUGAGGAUAUAUUUCCUACAAGUGUAGGUGUUCCCUUUCCAAAAAACUUUCUCCAGAUCUGCAAGAAGAUACUUUGUCGGCUUUUUCGGGUAUUUGUUCAUGUCUACAUCCAUCACUUCGACCGUAUCAUCCUUAUGGGGGCUGAGGCCCAUGUCAACACCUGUUACAAGCAUUUUUAUUAUUUUGUGACAGAGCUCAACCUCAUAGACCGCAAAGAACUAGAGCCUUUGAAAGAGAUGACAGCCAGGAUGUGUCACUAAAAACUACCUGCUGAAGAAAAGCAAAGUUCAGUUUCCUUCCUAAUGCAGAGUUCAAGAACAUGACAGCCCUUGUGGACUGAACCUGCUUGUUAAUCCCUGAAACCUGGAAAGUUACUGUCACAAAUGCUUCUCUCAAGUGUCAAAGUUGUUAACCCUAAAUCUGCUGCUAGGAACCUCAUCUGAGCAACAUGGAUUAUUGAGAAAAAGAAGAGUCAUGUCAGUUCAAGCUCCUUUAUCAGGAAUAAGAUCCUCUUCAGCCACAAACAAUGGCAGACAGUGCCCCUGCUGCCAAAGCUUUACUGAAAUUCAAGUCCCUGGGCUGACCUCCAGACUAGUUGUUUUGAAAUUAAAUCUGCAAUCUUGCUUUCUUUUUCUUUUGUUUCUUGGUAUGUGUUUUCUUUCCUAACUGCAACAGACAAUUAAGAGGUUCUGGAAUCAAAGAAGACUUAGCCUUUAAUGCCCCCUUAUCCUGCUCCAGGCCACCCAAGGCUUGGCCACCAUUCCCAAAUGCCAGCAAGCCUUGUGUUUCUGGGAAGACAGCUAUGUCCUUCAGCUGAACAGGCAGUUUAUGCUUCAUUGUGACUCAUAAUUUAAUGACAGUAGGAGGGUUUCUGAUCUCAACUACAUGAACAGGGAUGCAGAUAAGGCUCUGCAGUGCUGAGGUAUUUUCCUUGAAUUUAUGCUGUGACUGACAGCAAUUGAUCUCAGUAUCUCCAUAUUACAUAAAAAAAAACACCUACAGUCAUCAUUUUCCUGAAGUACCCAAGGAAGUACACCAAUCUGUCAUGUAAUUUCAUAUCUUUCUACCCCCUUAGGAAAAGGAUCCUUCUCAAUCACCCUUAAAUAUCAUCUUUUUAGGGAAAAAUUAAUUUCAUUUGAGUAGCUUGCAGGAAGAUACAGUCAAGAUGGGUAGUAAGAAAGUUAGAGCAGGAGGGACUAAUUGAAGGUCUCUGUUGCAGUGCCUAGCAAUGUGACUUGCUUUAUACACUGGGCCAACACAAUAUUUUUUUCCAGAACUUAAUCCAAUUUAAUUAACACAUUUAUGGACAGUCUGGAAGGAUCCUGUGCAGCAAAUCAAGUCUUUUAAGCCAAAUACGCCCUGAGGAGACUUUCUUCUGAAAAAAAAAAAAA